ACACAACUGCAACUUUGUGCCAUCAGCUACACCACGCAGAAAUCAUGGAUCUUUCAGAUGCCCUUGAUGCUCCUCUACAGCAGAACAACCAGCAGGCAGGAGGCCCAGUGUGGCCCGGCCAACCAGCCAACCCCGUCUGGCCUGGUCAGCCUGCUAACCCCACCUGGCCCGGGCAGCCAAAUCAACCUGCAUGGCCAGGACAACCAAACCAGCAAUGGCCUGGACAGCCUGGACAACCGACUGCUCCUGGGUGGCCUGGACCUGCACCACAAACCGGCCCUUAUGGUGCUCCUGGACAAGUUCCACAAGUGCUAACUGUGCCACUUGAUUUCCCUCUACAAAAUGGAGCCUAUAACAAGAUGCUCAUCACCAUCAAUGGAGAAGUCAAGCCUAAUGCUAAACAGUUCACUGUUAACUUAAGAAGAGGCAAUGACAUUGCAUUUCAUAUAAACCCUCGCUUCAGUGAAGGAGGAAAGCCAGUGAUUGUGCGGAACAGCAUGAUUGGAAACAACUGGGGCAGAGAAGAGCGUGAGCUUCCCUCCUUCCCGUUUGUCCCAGGAAAGCCUUUUGAGAUGAAGAUCUUAAUCACUGACACUGAAUAUAAAGUGGCUGUGAACAAAUCACACCUUCUGGAAUUCAAGCAUCGGGUCUUCGAGCUCAACCAGAUCACAGGUCUCAGCAUCUACAAUGACGUGACCCUCAGCACUGUAAAUGUGGAGACGCUGCAGUGAGAUUAUAUCGCUGAUCCUGUUAUAGUUUGAUCUUUUGACAUCUAUGCAACCACAUUAUUACCUCCAGUAAUUUCUGUUUUAUACCAUGUGGCAAUGGAGUACAUCUUUCCGUUUUUUCCUGCAACACUUGUUUUGAAAGUACUUUUUCCAUUCAUUUUAUCAUAGGGUUUUCAUAAAGCUAUUAGAAUUAAAGUGAUACACUCUUAGAAGUAAAGCUACAAAAAUGGUCACAGGAGCGGUACCUUUUAAAAAGGUACAUGUUUGUACUCUACAGUUGGACAUUAGCGCCUUUAGGGCAGUGUUUCUCAACCAUCAGCUCUGCACAUUUUCGAUAUCUCCUUAACCAAACGCACCUGAUUCAGAUCAUCAGCUCAUUAGCAGAGGCUAAAAGACCUGUAAUGGUGUGACAGACAAAGGAGACAUCCAAAACAUGCAGUUCUGGUGGUCCUCCAGGAACGUGGCUGAGAAACACUGUUUUUGGGAACACCUUCAUAUUUUUUCAAGUUUAAAAUAUAAUUUUUUCUUGUGUUUAAAGCUUUUGUCACGACCCCACUUCAGUGUCUGAAAGUCAUUCAGAAAUUAUUAUCAAAUGCUGGAUUAAUGCACAAGAAAGUUUUUAUUAAAACAGUUUUGCAAACAUGUUUUAUACUUUUUCAAAUAUAUUCUUGCCCUUGCUGUACAAGUGCAUGUAAAGGGUCAAUAAAUAUGUAAUGUGUGCAUAUAUAUAAAUGAUGAAAAAAGGACCCCCCUACAAAAAUUUAGCUGAUUGAAUGGAUUUAUUUUGAAUACAUUAACUAUAAUGUAUUGUUGGGCUAAACCCAAAGUUGUUUUUUGUAUAUCCUGUAGAGGGCGCUUCAUGCAUAAAAGACGUUGAACAGAGCAGCUCGGGUCAGAGUUCAUUAAAGAACGUCAGAGCUCGUA